AUGUACUUCUCUACUCCCGCUCUUACCCUCCUGGCUGUCGCUACUGGUGUCCAGGCUGUUAUUGUCAGGAACGAGCCUCCCGUUAAGCGACAGAGCGUCUCCGUCCUCGGCACUGCUGUCUCUGCCACCCACCCCAUUGUGACCGGUGUUCCCGUCGUCAUCCCCAGCAAUGGCACCACCGUCACCAACGGUACCGUCGUGGUCCCGCCCGGUUCGACUGUCUCCGUCGUGGUCCCCAGCAGCACCCCUGUCUCCGGUGGCGGCGCUGCUGGCACCGCUGUUGGCACCGCUGUUGGCACCGCUGUUGGCACCGCUGCUGGCACCGCUGCUGGCACCGGUGCUAGCAACACUCCUGCCGCCCCCAGCGCCACCGGCUUCGUCCCCUCCAGCCCCGGCAACAAGAUCUCUGCUCCUCAGCUGGGUAUGGUUGGUGCUGGCCUUGGCAGCGUCGCCUACGGUGCCCUCAUCCUCCUCGCAUAA